AACAUUUUCAAUGCUAUUUUUGUAAAAUAAAAGUUAAUAAUUGUAAAAUAAAAUAUGGCCGCGGAGUCGGCUGCAAUGGAUUCCUUGGAAAACGCGGAUGCGGCAUCAAUUGACGCUUCAACUGAUGCAGCUGCAAGUGAAACAUUUUUGCCGGCCAGGAAAAGAACCACUGAGGGAGAAUCCGAACCGUUGGUUGAGAAGGAGGUUACGAAGGAGGAGGAACAGACUGGUGGCGAAGAGUCCAUGGCCUUGGAUGACAUGCCGGGUGAGCCACCGAUAGCUCCAGCCUCUGAGGAAAGUGUCGACCCUUCUGCCGCUGAACUAGAAGGAGACGAAACUAAAGUAUCUGAAACCGACAACAGCAGUGGAACAAAAGCGGAUACAACAGAACAAGACAAGAGCAUCAGCGAAAUAACAUCGAAAGACGAUACAGACUCUUCAAUUGAACUGAUCAGUAGCCCAGUUACCGAUCAGCCAGAUGGUACGGACAAGGAUAAAAGUUCUAUCGAGGAAACUGACGGGACCACAACAAAGGAAGAUGCUGGCCCAAUAAUUGAUUCAACUGAUGCGGCUAAGUCAAUCGCAGAUGAUUUGGAUAGCAGCGUUGAAUUGAUCGAUAGCCCCGCAGUUGAUGAGCUGCCUGCCAAGGAUAAUUUGCCGGAUAGUAAGAUGGACAGCGACAGCAGCAUUGAACUGAUUAGCAGUCCAGACAAAGACACUAUUGAGGGUCUCAAUCUUGUUUGCGCAGAGGAAGCAGCGUCUAAACCAGAAGCUAUGGAGGCAUCAAAUAGUAUGCCCGACAGCAGAGGAUUAGGGGAAGAGCUAAAGCUAAUUAGCAAGGAUGACAGUGCAGAGGAACAGGAUCCCAAACCAACAACUGAGGUCGAUAUAGCUAUGCCAACUGAAACCACAGUUGAACUAAUUGCGCCCACAUCCGCCAGCCCAGAACCCCCCUUGCCAGAUCAAAUUCCACUGCAAACUGAUGAUGUGCCCGAUGCAGUCAAAUCUGUACCACUGGAGGAAUCACAACAAGCGGAGGCCAUGGAAACAGAAACCUGUAAAGACCACCUAGAAAACGACUGUCUCGUCGAGCUGCCAAAAGAAACGUUACCAGAAGGUGACACAAAGGAAUCCCUGGAAUUUGAGGCGGAUAAUGAAAUCUACUACAAGAAGGAUUGCCUCAAUUGCAAUUGCGAAAAGACGCAUAAGCAAUACGUUCGUGCCAGCCUGGCAGCGCUCAACUACUACAAGGUGCCCAGAAAGGCGCACAAGCGGCAGUACAUCUGCCUGGGUUGCUAUGACACAGCCAUGGACAUGUACGAGGACUAUGCGGGCCAUUUGGUGGCCAAGCAGCCGCUGUUGUUGCGCAGCUUUAACCAGGAUCAUGCAGAUUUUGUAGCCCUAGACAGCAGUGACGAGGAGGAAAACGAUGAAGAGCAGGACAAACCCGAAUUCUCGGCAAAUGAUUUGGAGCUAAUUGAAGAAGAGCUGGAGGAUGCGAUUAAGACUGUAAUCGACAGGGUAGAUUUGGACGAUCAAAUGGCUUGGUCCAAGAGCAUAUUGCAAGCAAAAUCUCAGCGCAUAAGCCGUGAAAUUGAGCUGGCCAACGACGAGCUUAGUAGGCUGCAAAAUAUGGCCGACAAAAUGCACUUCGCUUUGUACAGCUCUUGUCAAGUGGUGCACAAACAUUUGCCGCCGCUCGAUCUGUACCAGAACAUGAGUGACUAUGUGCAAGUGCCGCCAGCGGGUGAAAUAGAGCGUCCGCCUAUACAGCUCAAUGAGACCUACUAUGCGGUGAAGAACAAAGCAAUUGCCAGCUGGGUAUCGGUCAAGGUGAUUGAGUUCACGGAGAGCACUACUGUCGGCGGCAAUCUGGUGAAGAGCUACAAGAUUAAGUAUCUGAAUACGCCAUAUCAAAUGGUAAAGACCGUAACAGCCAAACAUCUAGCCUACUUUGAGCCGCCCCCCGUGCGCCUGACCAUAGGCACGCGUGUCAUAGCCUAUUUUAAUGGCAGCACCUUGUCGCGCGGCAAGGAAAAAGGCGUGGUACCCAGCGCCUUCUACCCAGGCAUUAUAGCCGAGCCCUUAAAGCAAGCCAAUCGCUUUAGGUACCUCAUCUUCUAUGACGACGGCUAUACUCAGUAUGUUCAGCAUAACGAUGUGCGUUUGGUUUGCCAGGCUUCGGAAAAAGUGUGGGAGGAUGUGCAUCCCGGCUCACGAGACUUUAUACAAAAGUAUGUGGAGAAAUACUCAGUGGAUCGGCCCAUGGUGCAGUGCACUCGUGGCCAGAAUAUGAAUACGGAGUCCAAUGGCACCUGGUUAUAUGCGCGCGUGAUCGAUAUUGAUUGCAGUCUAGUGCAGAUGCAGUUCGACGAUGACAAAAAUCACACCGAGUGGAUCUAUCGUGGCUCCCUGCGUCUGGGACCGGUGUUUAAGGAGACACAAAAUGCGCUUAACAGUGCGAAUGCCAUGCAGCAGCAUCGUGUGCCGCGCCGCACCGAACCCUUCAUACGAUACACCAAGGAGAUGGAGACGAGCAGCAGACAGGUGAAUCAACAAAUGCGCGCCAUUGCCCGUAAGAGCAGUGCGGCGCCGCAGAACGUCAAUAUGUCAUCGUCAUCCUCGGCUGCAGCGGCCGCUGCCAAUGCUGCUGCUGCUGCUGCAGCGCGCAAUACUGUUCGCCAUUUGAACAACUCCACCAUCUAUGUUGACGACGAGAAUCGGCCCAAAGGUCAUGUUGUCUACUUCACAGCCAAGCGGAAUUUGCCGCCCAAAAUGUAUACACCGCAUGAGUGCACGCCGGCCUGUUUAUUCAAGAUAGUCCACCGCCUGGAUAGCUACAGUCCGCUGGCCAAGCCACUGUUGUCUGGCUGGGAACGUUUAGUGUUCAAGCAAAAGGCUAAGCGCAACGUUGUCUAUCGGGGCCCUUGUGGCAAGAGCUUUCGCAAUCUGGCCGAGGUGCACAUUUAUCUGCGUGCCACGGAGAAUGUACUAAACGUGGAAAACUUUGAUUUUACCCCUGAUUUGCGGUGCCUGGCAGAGUACUCUAUUGAUCCCACUAUAGUCAAGGAAGCGGAUAUAUCCAAGGGUCAAGAGAAAAUGGCCAUACCGCUGGUCAACUACUAUGACAACACAUUGCCACCGCCCUGCACUUACGCCAAACAGCGUAUACCCACAGAGGGUGUGCAUCUGAAUCUGGACGAGGAGUUCCUGGUGGGCUGUGAUUGUGAGGACGAUUGCUCGGACAAAUCAAAGUGCGCCUGCUGGCAGCUUACAGUUGCGGGUGUCCGAUACUGUAAUCCCAACAAGCCAAUCGAGGAGAUUGGGUAUCAAUACAAGCGUCUACAUGAGCAGGUGACAACUGGCAUUUAUGAAUGUAAUUCGCGCUGCAAGUGUAAAAAGAACUGCCUGAAUCGUGUGGUGCAGCAUUCUCUGGAAAUGAAGCUGCAGGUUUUCAAGACCUCGAAUCGCGGUUGGGGCUUGCGCUGCGUGAACGACAUACCCAAGGGUGCAUUCAUAUGCAUUUAUGCCGGCCACUUACUGACCGAGACUAUGGCCAACGAGGGUGGCUUGGAUGCAGGCGAUGAGUACUUUGCCGAUUUGGACUACAUUGAGGUGGCAGAGCAGCUAAAGGAGGGCUACGAAUCGGAUGUUGAGCACUCGGCAACGGAAGAGGAAGAAGACCCCAAUGUGCCAGAUCCAGAGGACGAUGCUGACUUCACGCCCGCCAAGUAUUAUCAACCGCGCAAGAAGGAUAAACUGCGUGUCUCCCGUAGCCAUUCGACCCAAUCCAAUGAGCCGGACUCUCAAGAGCGGACGGUGAUUAAUUUUAAUCCGAAUGCCGAUUUGGAUGAAACGGUGCGCGAGAAUUCAGUGCGACGACUCUUUGGCAAAGAUGAGGCGCCCUACAUAAUGGAUGCAAAGACAACUGGCAAUUUAGGACGUUAUUUUAAUCAUUCGUGUGCACCCAAUUUGUUUGUGCAGAACGUUUUUGUGGACACGCACGAUCUGCGUUUUCCCUGGGUCGCUUUCUUUUCGGCCAACCACAUACGCUCCGGCACAGAGCUCACUUGGAACUACAACUAUGAGGUGGGCGUGGUUCCUGGCAAGGUUCUUUAUUGUCAAUGCGGCGCCACCAAUUGUCGAAUACGUUUACUUUAAAUUAAAUACCUAUUUAUGUCGUUUGUUAAGCAAUUAAGCACAUUAAGAAUACAGCUAUA